CACCUCUUGCCGAGGGUCCCGCUGAGCCGCUUCUAGCCGUCGCGGCAGGGAGUGCUGCUUCUCUGGGGCUCCUGGUCCCGGCUGUCUACGUGCUGUGUUGGGCGUUAUUCCCGGCUACAAACUUGACAGUAAUCCUUCGGCCUGUAACCCGGCGUAGUUUGUCCUGGGAUUAAACCCUGCUGGAGUUACGGGAGGCGGUUGCCGUGUGUCUGCAUCUGAAGUCACAGCAAAGGAGUCAAGUCUCUAAAUGAAACAAACGUUUCCAAAAAAAGCAAAUAAAACUGUAGUACAGCAGGUCAGUGCUGGGAGAUGCCGCUGAAAUCAUGGCCAGUCUCCAUGGAGAAUCUCCUUACACUACUGGGCCCUGAAAGAGGCAAAAUGUGGAAAGUAUGCAAUUUUUCCACUUAGUCUUAACAGCAGUUGUUGCAUCAUUUCAAUAUUCAAACUGCUGUAAUGAAGGCAUCUUAAGCUAGAGACUUUGCAGUUCUCUAGCGCAGAGUAACCGAGAGAAACUGGUUGAGACUAUCACUCAAGGUCUGUACGCUUGACAGAGAACUGUUAGGAUGGGAAAUAGCGCAUUAAAAGCACACCUGGAGACAGCACAGAAAACUGGUGUGUUUCAGCUAACUGGAAAGGGACUUACAGAGUUUCCUGAAGAUCUGCAGAAGCUAGCAAGCAACUUAAGGACAAUAGACUUGUCGAACAACAAAAUAGAGCUCUUGCCACCACUCAUUGGAAGAUUUUCCUUUUUGAAGAGCCUUGUUCUAAACAACAACAAACUGACUGCUUUACCUGAGGAGCUGUGUAAACUGAAAAAACUGGAAACACUACACUUGAAUGGCAAUCACUUGAGGCAGCUACCAUCUGCAUUUGGACAACUUUCAGCUCUCAAAACCUUGAGCCUUUCUGGGAACCAGCUUCGGACUGUGCCUACGCAACUCUGUGGUCUUCGCCACUUGGAUGUGGUAGAUCUUUCCAAAAACCAGAUCCAAAAUGUGCCUGACACUGUGGGAGAAUUGCAGGCUAUCGAACUAAAUUUGAAUCAGAAUCAGAUUUCACAGAUCUCAGUGCAGAUCUCCCACUGUCCACGCCUCAAAGUCUUGCGUUUAGAAGAAAACUGUCUAGAACUCAGCAUGCUUCCUCAAAGUAUCCUCAGUGAUUCCCAGAUCUCACUGCUUGCAGUAGAAGGCAACCUCUUUGAAAUCAAGAAACUCAGAGAACUGGAAGGUUAUGACAAGUACAUGGAACGAUUUACAGCUACAAAGAAGAAGUUUGCAUGAUCAUUGUUCUGACCCUGUGUAUUCCCAGUAAGAAGAGUUAGUGACUGAAGCACCUGCUUCACUGACUUAAACCAAGACUGAUGGAGAUGAUCAGAGUACUCCUCAUCUAGUAGUCUGAUAUGGUCUGUUAAGGCCACAUUGAAUAAACUUGAACUAGAGAACAUGGGUAUUGAGCUGAUGAACCUGCCCAGGGGCCAGUUUUGAUUUUUGUGCCACUAUAGCUUUUAACACAACACGUUAUCCUUUGUCAGGGCUUGUUCUUUCACAGAGAAAGGGAAUGAGCAUUUCAAAGUUGCCAGCUGCCUUUUGUCAGGAAGCUGGCUAUUGAUUUUAAGAGGAUUAUUUCUUCUGGAAACAUUUUUCCAUGAUAGCACAUGGAAAUUCUACCACCAAAGCAGAUUUGAAACAUUGUAUGUCUUGCAGUAAGCACUAUUCCACAGAGAAGAACUUUUACAGAUGAGGGUUUAGUUUAUAACCUGUGUAAGUUUUUUAUGAAGCACAAAUAGUUGUGGCUAAGUUAAGUGUUUUAUUAACUGCUUCCGGUAAACAAAUCAUGGUUUGAGCAUCCUUCAUUUACAUUUUACUGUACGGGCUUUCUUUUCCAAUAAGCAAGAAUUGCACUACAGUCCACUUCUGCUUGAGCUGUAUCAAAUAAAAAUGAGGUUCACCUUCAAUGUAUUCAGUAAAAAUGUAUAUUGCUGGAAAAUAUAAUAUCCUUGCACUGAUUCCUUGUGUACAGAGCAAUGCUGAAAGUUUUAGUCGUCAGCCUACUGCUGCUGCCUUAUUACCAAAAGCACCUAGAAAGAACUAAAAAUGUAUGCAAUUAUGUAACUUAAACUGAAAAGGAAAAUGUACUUGUUUAUUUUAGUAAAUAAUUUUCAAAAAAUCA